AGAAUAAAAGCCGCGUGGCUUUCCUCAAUAUGCAAUCACCACAGCAGUUCUGCGACUUACCUUCAGCACACUCAUUCUCCUCAGCAAACAAUUGUCCCACAAGUUACUUCGGCCAUUUCCCGCAUUCUGUGCAACCCUCGCUACGCCAACCGCUUAAAUGCGCACCCCCUUUCUCCUUGCCUCGCUAGGCCUCCUAGCAUCCGCCGCAGACCCUCAACCUUCGAGCGCACCAGGCCAGCCUUUCGACUGCGGCACAGGCACGCAGUCUGCAGACCAAUCCUACCUGGACACCAUCCAACAACUCCACGAUGGCAAAGCAAAAGGCAGCCUCGCCGCUCGCGCCGCUGUGCUUGCAGCCCACGACGACCCCGGCAAGAUCCAAGCGAUCUUCCACAUCGUCAUGACCAAUGCCGCCAAUGACUCUAUCACCAACGUCAUGCCUCAAGCACAAUUGGACUCCUUGAACGCAGCCUACAACCCGUACAACAUCCAAUUCAUGCUGCAGAACGUGACGAGGAACACCAACGAUGCAUGGGCCGUAGGCAAAGGAGACGAUGACACCAACAUGAAGCACACGCUCCGUCAGGGCACUUACAACACGCUCAACCUCUACUUCCAGACCGACUUGGUGGGUGGUGUGCUGGGGCGGUGCACCUUAUCCUCCGCCGUCGCCAACGGCAAGGGAAACCCAAGUGUCUACUUCAACGACGGGUGCAACAUCAACGCCAACGCGAUGCCCGAUGAGCUCAUGGACGGCUUCAACAAGGGCAAGACCGCUGUGCGUGAGACCGGGCACUGGCUGGGUCUGUUGCACACCUUCGAGGGGUACUCUUGCGAUGGCCCGGGCGACUACAUCGACGACACGCCCAUCGAGAGUACUGCGACUGAUGGCUGUCUUACCUACCCCAAGAAUGACCCGAUUCAUAACUACAUGGAUUACUCCAUUGACGACUGCUACGAGGUGUUCACAGGUCUCCAGGUGCAGCGGACGGAGAGCAUGUGGAGCAUGUUCCGCGAUGGAAACUAG